GAGAGUGAGAGUGAGAUUGAAGCUGCCAUGCCACCCCUCUGGCUACUCCUGAUUCCCUACUCCGGGCUCCUUCACCGUGGCUUGGCCGAGGAGGGCCUGGAGUUUCCCAGCCUCGAUGGCAAGGACCGCGUGCUGGACAUCAAUGAGAGGAACUUCAAGAAGGCGCUGAAGAAGUAUGACAUGCUGUGUCUGCUCUACCACGCACCUCUGCCCUCCGACAGGGAGCUGCAGCAGCAGUUCCAUGUGCAGGAGAUGGUGCUGGAGCUCACUGCCCAAAUCCUGGAAGACAAGGAUAUAGGGUUCGGAAUGGUAGACUCUCAUAAGGAUGCCAAGGUGGCCAAGAAACUCGGUUUGGAGGAAGAGGGUAGCAUUUAUGUCUUCAAGGAUGAGCGUGUGAUAGAGUUUGAUGGAGAGCUCUCUGCAGACACACUGGUGGAGUUCCUGCUGGAUCUGCUGGAGGAUGCUGUGGAGCUGAUUAGUAACCCUACGGAGCAGCGGGCCUUUGAGCGGAUGGAUGAAGACAUGCGCCUCAUUGGCUACUUUAGGGGCAAGGAUUCUGAAUACUACAAGUCUUUUCAGGGGGCAGCCGAGCAGUUUCAGCCGUAUGUGAUUUUUGCCACAUUUGACAAAGGGGUGGCCAAACAGCUGACUUUGAGGAUGAAUGAAGUAGAUUUCUACGAGCCCUUCAUGGAUGAGCCGGUCACUAUACCCGGCAAGCCCAACGCGGAGGAUGAGAUAGUGGAUUUUAUCAAUCAGCACCGGAGGCCAACCCUGAGGAAACUGCGAGCAGAGGACAUGUUUGAGACAUGGGAAGAUGACAUGGAUGGGAUCCACAUCGUCGCUUUCGCUGAGGAGGAGGACCCGGAUGGGUAUGAAUUCCUGGAUAUCUUGAAAGAAGUGGCCCGAGACAACACCAAGAACCCCGAUCUGAGCAUAAUGUGGAUUGACCCUGAUGACUUCCCUUUGCUGACUGCCUAUUGGGAGAAGACUUUUAAGGUGGAUCUCUUCAGACCUCAGAUCGGGGUGGUCAAUGUCACAGAUGCGGACAGCGUGUGGUUGAACAUGCCAAACGAUGAGGCACUGCCCACGGCCGAGGAACUGGAGGACUGGAUCGAGGACGUCCUCUCUGGAAAGGUCAACACUGAAGACGAUGAUGACGACGAUGCUGAUGACGACGAGUCCGAUGAUGAUGACAGUGACGAUGAUGAUAGUGAUGAUGACGACGAUGAUGACCAGGAAGAUGAUGAUGAUGAUGAUGACUGAUUGAUUGAUAUAUUGUACACUUUGUCAGAUGAUUUUCUUUGUGUACAUAUUGUGGUACUGUUGCAAUUUUUAGCCUAAAUUCCACUUCAUUCAGGAUAAACGAAUUCUUGGUUCCAAUAAGCAAUUAAAAUGAUUUCAUUGGUGCUUUUAGAAAACAAUUUAAAAACAGAAUUUAAAAAGACAUCAAUACAUAAAUAUAGAUAUAAACACUAAUACUGUAAGAAUAUUGCCUAAACUGUGUUUAUUUUCUCCGCGUGUAAGAAAUCAUUAAUUUUAGCCACACAGUGGGCAAGAUGUGCAAGAUUUGGUAUGUGCUCGGAGUUGUUCCAAUAAAUGGUAAUUAAAGUCUGACUGUGGUGACA